GGAAACGUCAAACCGCCACGGCGAGGUGGUACGCGUGGUCGAUCUAGUCUUUCCAACUUUUAACCACUCUCGUACUCUUUUUCCAUACUGAAUAACCGUUCUACCAAAAAGAAACGAACGAGAUAAUGCGAGAAUCGUGAUAACAAGACUUCGCGACCGAUCCCGGGACGCUGGCCAAUUAGUUUAACCGUAAAAGCCUCGCAACGAGAUCGAAUGCUUGACGAUAAAUGUACCUUAAAAAAAUGUAUAUUAAAUCUUGACGAUUGCAAUUGCGGAAUUCGAAAAACAAUGUUGAAGUUCGAGUAAAAAAGCAACGAGGUCGAAGCAUCGUUUGGAAUAAAAGUCAGAGAAAGUGAGGAUCGAGAUCUUUAAUUUGAUCGGGGCGCGCGAGGAUUUGAGAAACUACCGAAUUCCAAACGAAUUUUCGUGCAAAUUCGAAAUAAUUAUUAUCACAAAGGAAUAUUAAUAACGAUAAUUUUUUAUGAGUUUGAAAAAACGACGACGAUUUUAAUGCCCCUAUGUCCAAAGUGCUCCGUAAAAAGUGAACGACAGAAAGCCGUAUUAAUCAGAAAAUAAUGAGAAGAGUUUGAAUAAAAAUAUGAGUGUGAUCUCGUAAUAAUAGUAGAGACGAAAAGAGGAAUAAAAUAAAAAAAAAAACGCCAACGAUUGCCAAGGUACGGCCUAGAAAAGCUUAGCAGAAUGGGCUUUCUGGCCCAAUUGCCUACAUCGAUGUACAGCUAGUGCGACUGUAACGUCUCGGUUGUUCGCGCAAGGUGGUUUCGUGCGCGAAACAUAUUCGUAUUUAUAGAAGCGGAGUGCGAAAUCGUGGCGUCACAGGGCGAUAUCGAGAAGAGAAAUAAAAAGGAGGGAAAGAGGCAGGGAAAUUGAAAGUCGGUAACCCGAAGCGUGAUAAAUCGAGGGAAUUAAAAAUAGAGUGUGAAAGCGAAAAGAAAGUUGAAAUAAUUGGAAACGAGGAGGACUGAGCAUCAGGAGGGGUUGCGAGCGACGUUGGAAAUUGGCGAUUGAAGUAGAGUGUCGAAGCUUCCAAGUGUGAAUUUUUUCAUCGCUGAUGCGCACCGGUGAAUAGUAAAGUGAAAAUGCUGAGAAAAAGGCUGCUCGGCGAAUAGUAAAAGAAGAUCGUAAACUCGAAUCGUUUUAAGAUCUACUUCCGGUUCUCCAAAUCCGUUGGAUCGCGAACCAUUUCCACGAAAGACUAUUUACGAACGUGACCGAGUGAUUGUUCUCAAAGAAAAUAGCUGCGGGAACGAGGAGAGGAAGAACCUCAACGGGGGGAGAGAGAGACUCGAGCCUCGAGGGGAAAAGAAAAACGAUAAGAAAAGUGGAAGAAGCGCGGGUGCAGUGGCCCCAUCGAAGAGAGCGCGAGAGCAUCAAGGUCGGCCAACAUUUCACGAUGAAGACCAGCAACAACAGGCAGAGCAACGUAACGAGAGACGCCGAGUUCAACAAGGAGAACUUGUCCCUCGUGCCGGCUAAUAAUUCUACUUGCUCCGGUUCUCUCGGUACCGAGCAGCGCCGCAGUUCGACGACGCUCCUCCUCGGCUUCCUCAACACGAAGAAGCUCCGGGAAAAAAUCGACGAUGAUAACGAGCAGCCUGAGGAGGAAUACGUGAUGUCGCCGUCCGCGAGAAACUCGGACGACGCGAUGAACGACGCGCUCCUCGAGAAGUUACGAUCAUGCAUUCCGAAAAUCCAGGAGAGCGGCGACACGAUAAGAAAUGUGAUGGCCAAACUUCACGCAAGGGUCACAUCUUCCGAUCGACGAACUCGGGAAAGGACUCUGGAGAGAUUGUGGCGCAAGGAAUCCGGCGCCAUGGAAAUAUUCGUUACACUCUUCGAAGCCUGUCGGGACAACGUUACGAGUUGCAGCAUCGCGGCUAUUUUGCACGAGUGCAUUUCACCGAGGGUACCAAAACUGAAGAGCAAGGGAGCGAAAUUACGAAGCUCUCCGAACAAGGGCAGUCGCAACGCCAUCAUGCAAUUGAUCAAUCUCGGUGGGACUCAAGUCCUCAUGAAACAGCUGGCAAACUCUCAACACGCUGAUAGUAUCAUGACCGAGGUAUUGAUUCAGGAAAUACUGUGGAUUCUUGGACAGGUCGCUCAGAAGGAUCAGAAAUUCGCGAGCAGAAUAAAGUUGCUCAACGGUAUGAAAAUAUUCCACAGCCUCCUUCGUCAGCACUACAACAACCCCCGAACGCUUCUGCCACUUCUGCUGAUCCUCAAGAGUCUCGCGAAAAACACGUUCGCUCUUCAGGCCCUCGUCAGGGAUGGAAUUGUUGCAACGAUGGAAAAAACCUUCGUCAGUAUCGGCUAUUCGCCUCACCUCAAGCUGCGAACCCUUCUCGAGUGCUUCAAACAUUUCACGACCAGCAAACUCUCUUGCAUGAAGUUCGUCAAAGUAGGAAUGGUCCACUUGCUGAUGCGACUGUUCGAGAGAUGGGACAGAUUCGACGGACAGAUGAGACUGAAAAUAUGCAACUAUGCUCUCAAUACUCUGCAGCAUCUUUGUGCCAUAAAGGCUGGAAGAAAAGCCAUAAAAGCGAACAACGGUCUACAGCUGCUGUAUCGCUUCUGCACAAACUGUCCGGAGGACAAGGCCUACGAUUGUCUUCUCUCCCGAGUAUGCGGUAUAAUAAAUCAAUGCCUCGAAAAGAAAGAAUUACCAGUGGCGGAGAUGUCACCUGCCAGAUUUAUAAUUCCGGACGUGAAUUCCGUGAGAUCGAACAGCGCUGACAGCGGAAGUGACGCCGAUAGUCAGGCAAACAGUAUCAAUUCCCUGGAGACACUGGGCAGCGAUUUCGAGAGCGGGGACGACGAGGACGCUCAUGACCGAGGCCGAUCGGCUUCGAAGAGGCGCAACGACUCCGUGGACUCUCAAUUUUUCAUAAUAAACGCACAAAGAUCGGAGGAGGAUUUAGUUCCGUACAACAAUUACUUCCGGGAGUUGGGAGAUCUGCGGUCUCAAUUGCUCAUCGUCUACUCGGCGUACGCGGACAAAUUGCCGGAACAGUUGAAUCCUUCGGAGGAAGAGUCACGAGCGAAAACGCUGAAGCUGAUGAAGCCGAGAGAAGCGCGCUCGAGACCAGCUUCCUUUCGCGAUAACUCCAGAGAAAACGGAGCCCCGCGAACUCUGAAGAUAUUCGAGCCGAUCAUGAGCGAGAAUGUGGACAACGAGCGGCUCGCUUAUUGCCUCGUUGCUAGCGCCGUCAGGAGCGUCAUUCCAUUCGCUAAAGUCGCUUAUCCCGAUCUCGUCGGUGGCGACGCACUCGGAAUAAUCGAACCGCUCAACAACAAGGACAGAAAAGUUUGCCGCUCGAAAUUAUUGACUUGCGUCGAUCGCGGACUCCACCCCGGCUCCAUGAUGCACGAGACGAUUUUUGAUCUCGAUUCUCUGACCUCGAACCCCCCGGAGAUGGAGAACCAGGAGACGCCGUUCAACCGGACCUGGAAAUCCGGAGCUCGUCGUCUGUACAAUUGGGACGAGAAACGAGUCGGAACGAACGUUAACGAUUCGAAAAAGCUCCAAUUUGAAUCGAGAUUCGAAAGUGGAAACUUACGAAAAGCAAUUCAGAUAGGCCCGAGAGAAUACGACCUGAUACUGACCCCCGACGUCAACAGUGCGUCGAGUCACCAGUGGUUUUACUUCGAAGUAUCGAGCAUGGAGUCGAGUGUGCCGUACACAUUCAACAUCGUUAAUUGCGAGAAGGGGAACUCGCAAUUCAACUUUGGCAUGAAGCCGAUAUUGUUCAGCGUAAUCGAAGCAACGGAAGGUCGAGCGGGUUGGGUGAGAACCGGCGGGGACAUAUGCUACUACAGAAAUUGCUAUCGGCGUCCGAGCAAAGGAAGAAAUUAUCUCACGACUUCGUUCAGCGUCACUUUUCCCCACGCCAAUGAUGUGUGCUACCUCGCCUACCACUUUCCCUACACUUAUACGCAGCUGAUGACGCACAUUUGGAGAUGGUCGAGAAAAAACGAGGAUCCGCGGAUACUUUUCCGGGUUGAAUCACUCUGCGAGACACUCAACUGCAACGAGAGCCCAAUUCUCACGAUAACUUCGGCGGACAGCAAAAUUAAUCCGAUCAAGGAUCGUAAAAUCAUUUUUCUCACCUCGAGGGUCCAUCCUGGCGAGAGCAACGCCUCUUGGGUGAUGCACGGUACGCUCGAGUCUCUACUGAGCAGUUCCACUUAUGCCAACAGUUUGAGAGACGACUAUGUCUUCAAGAUAGUGCCAAUGUUGAAUAUCGAGGGUGUUGUCAACGGAUGCAACCGGUAUGGUCUUACUAACGAGGACCUUAACCGACGUUGGAGCAACCCUAACCAGAAACUGCACCCUGUGAUAUACCACACAAAGGGUCUUAUGGAGUACUGCAGCAGAAUAUUACAGAAACCCCCUCACGUUUUCGUCGAUUAUCACGGUCAUUCGAGACGAAAAAACGUAUUUCUUUUCGGAUGCUCAAGAUCAGGCUCCUGGAGCCCGAUCGAUCGUGCCAAGUCCGAUCAGCCUGUGCAAUACUUGAUGUUACCGCGUCUAAUGCAAAAAACAUCACCGGCUUUUGCUCUGGCUCUGUGUUCGUUCAAGGUCGAGAGACACAAGGAGUCCACGGCCAGGGUCGCCAUAUGGCGCCAACUCGGCGUUUCCAGAAGUUACACAAUGGAGAGCAGUUUCUGUGGUUGCGAUCAAGGCCCUCUCGCGGGUCACCAUCUCAACACGAUGCAUCUGAAAGAAGUUGGACAACACUUUUGUCAGGCGCUGUCGAUGAUGAAGGACGGCGGAGAGGAACAAUGGACAUUGGACAAAUUGAGGAAGGAGUCCUGUUGUCCUAUGAACUGCAUCAUGAGAAAGUGUAAGAGGCCUCCAAAGUGCAUACAGGAUAAACACGCGAUUCAGCAUAUCGAGGCGAUGGACACGAGGUUUUAGAUAAAUCGCUCCAAAAAAACGUUUCCCCUUCUUCGUCGUCACUACAAAAUUAUCUUAACGAGGAUUCCGAUGGCCGACUCCACGUACGAAGAAGACGGUGGCUGCAUGCCGGAAGAAAUGAGCUCGAGCUGCGAGUCCGAGGACGAGUCCGACUUCGACGACUGAUUUUACACAAUCUCUGUAAUUUUCAAACCUUUUUUCUUCUUUUUCCUUGUAUUCCACCACCAGUGUUGUCAAAGUUUUUUUUUCGAGAUUCUCGAAUCCUCAUUACUCGCCCGUACAAAUUAAAUUUCAAUCCCUUUCGUUAUUCCCUUCUGCCUUCCUCCACAAUCCCUCGUACAUUUUCAACUUUGCAAAUACUUUUAUUCUUCGGUGGCAAACUGAACCAAAGCUCACCGUAACAAGCCAAUUCUACUACUGUUUAGACGCCAACGUUGAUUCUGCCAUUUGCAGUUUUUGUAAAAUAAAAAAUUAUAUUACGAAUAUCAUAAUUGUUACCUUUAAUUCGCUUUCGCGAUAUUCGUCAAUGUACUAUACACAUACGAAUAAAAAGUUGGGGCAAAAGUUCAA